AUGGAAAAUCAUAAAACUGGACUUCCCGAUCGAAUAAAACUUGUAAACAGCAAAGAAAUAAUGAAGUGCAGAAAAAUUAAAGCUGUUAUUCGAAAUCACACUCCAAACAAAAGAAAAGAGUCUGAAAAAUAUUUUCACCACCUUCUCAUGUUGUAUUUUCCGUGGCGUAAUGAGCAGGAACUCUUUGGCGAAGACCAGACAUACAUACCUAAGUUUUAUGAGCCAGAUGUUCAAGAGGUAGUACAACGCAACAAAGAAAUAUUUGAGCCAGAUGCUGAUGCAAUUAAUGAAGCACUAGAAAGUUUAGGAAACUUUGAUGGGGUACCUACUCACUCCUAUGAUCCAAUAAAUGACCAGGAAAAUGAAGAUUUGCGGCAAACUUUACCUGACGAUUUUGAUGAAACCGAGUCUUUUAACGAAUCGUUGCCACAACAUCUUGCAUCAAAUCCUGAAUCAGUUCAACCAUCUUCUGGAAUAAGUUGUUAUAAUCAACCCUUAGAAAUCAGUGACGACGAUCUGCGAAAAACUGUAAGAUCAUUGAACAACAAACAACGUUAUGCAUAUGACGUAGUUCUCUCCUGGUGUAGAAACAAAAUGUAA